UUACAGCGACCACUGUCGCACGUCACACAGCGCCUCACCGCCGCUGUUUCAGCCUACAGGACGCUGGUUAAAAUACAUCAACUGUCUUACGAUUUAGCCAAAAAACAACAACAACAAACAAACAAGAACAAAACACGUCUUCCCGCGUGUUUCUGAUGAAGAUCAGCAUUACGUCUGAGCUCCAGAAAUGACAGGGUAACGUUACCGUCGGCGAGGAAGCUAACCACAAAACGGAACGUAAACAGCAGCUCAUCUCAUCGCUACAUUACAGCGUCUUCACAUAAGACGUUGCAGGCGAUUAUCCUCAGUGAGCCAGCCGGCUUUUCACACCUGCUCCAGAUCAGAAGAACGUACCGGAUUCAGUCCUGUCCGCGAUUGAGUAAAUGCUUAUUUAAAAAGUGAACCAUAGGCAGACACCAUGAACUAUGUGGGGCAGCUGGCAGGUCAGGUGCUGGUGACAGUGAAGGAGCUGUACAAGGGCAUUAACCAGGCCACGCUGUCAGGCUGCAUCGACGUGGUGGUGGUGCGGCAGAAGGACGGGACCUACCAGUGCUCUCCUUUUCACGUGCGCUUCGGGAAACUCGGAGUGCUUCGCUCCAAAGAGAAAGUGAUUGACAUAGAAAUAAAUGGAGACCCGGUGGAUUUACACAUGAAGCUUGGGGACAAUGGAGAAGCUUUCUUUGUCCAGGAAAUGGAGGUGCAGGAUGAGACAGUCCCAGCUCACCUGGCCACCUCUCCGAUCCCCACUGAGAGUCACAUGUUCUGGGUUGGGAGCGACAGGGGUACGACUCAGGGUCUAGACAAUGACCCUCUGGACCUUGAGGAACCCCCAGAGCUCCCGGUGCCCAGUACAGGCACGGCCAAAAAGAAAAAGAGGCGGAGAAAGAAGCAUAAAUUAGACCCCCGGCGUGAAGAGAUGACUCCUCCUGCCUCUGUCAGUGCCUCAGCCAAUACAGACGACAUCUUUGAAAUGGAUCUCAGCACUGAUGAAGAAGCCACUCCCAGCACACGAUCAUCUUCAAUUAGCACAUUAAAAGAAGUUGAACCCAGAGUACCAGCAGUUCGUCAUUCUCCAGAGAGCUACCCGUACUCUGAUGGAGACUGGUCACCUGAUGACAGUCACACCAUGUCUGAGGUUUUCUCCCCCAAGAGCGACUCCGAGCUGGUGAUCCGGCCUUCAGAGAGCAUGCUGAAGAUGGAGUCUCACAUGCAGUGGACAUGGGGAGAGUUCCCAGAACCCACAAGGAUGGCCAAAAAAGACAAGACGGAACUGCCCAAGACUGUGAAAAUAACCCCAUCAGAGAACACUCAUUUCAGGGUGAUCCUAAGUUCCGAGGCCAUGGAGCCUGAGGCUGAUGUGAAAGACAUAAUGGAACCUGCCCCCGUUUGCACUAUUGUAAAGCCCGAGCCUCGUACCCCAGCUACCCCAAUCACCCCACUAAUAUCUUCUGACUGUAUCGCCGCUUCCACACCCUCUGAGCCCCAAACGACGGCCCCCAACCCUCAAGGUGGAGCUGUGAUGGAUGUCUGCCCAAAGACAGACUCUCCCUCCAAGAAGAAAGGAGUACCAAAGAGAAGUCAGCACCAGGGGCCUGAGGACAUCUACCUUGAUGAUUUGAACGUGCUUGAGCCUGAUGUGGCUGCACGCUACUUUCCCAAGAGUGACUCAGACUCUAAGCACUGGAUGGACUCAGGGAUGCAUUCAGGUUCUCAGUCUCCUCAGUCAGUGGGCAGUGCUGCGGCUGACAGCGGAACAGAAUGUAUGUCUGACUCGGCCUCUGAUCUGCCCGACGUCACGCUGUCUCUGUGCGGGGGGCUUAGUGAGAAUGCUGAGAUAUCCAAAGAGAAGUUUAUGGAACAUAUCGUCACUUACAACGAAUUUGCCGAAAAUCCAGCCAUUAUAGACAAUCCUAAUUUAGUGGUGAAAAUAGGGAACAGAUACUACAAUUGGACAUUAGCUGCACCUUUGAUUUUAAGCUUGCAGGCUUUCCAGAAGAAUCUACCUAAAGCUACCGAAGAGGCUUGGGUUAAAGAGAGGAUGCCAAAGAAGUCUGGCCGCUGGUGGUUCUGGAGGAAAAGAGCAGAUAGCACUAUCAAGCAGUCCGAGAAUGCAGGAAAACUGGAGAUGAAGGAGGAGCAACUGAAAGAGGGUGAAGCCUCUCUGGAAAAUGAUCCCUGCAAAGUGGAGUCUAGAGAAUCGUCCAGCGAUGAGGAGGGGAAGGAGGUGAGCGCAGCUGCUGCCUCUCUGGAGCGCUCGGCUCAGACCGAACCCCAGCCUCAAACCCAGACUAGCACACUUUCCUACAGGAAGUCCUUGCGCCUCUCUUCGGAUCAGAUCGCCAAGCUAAAGCUGAAAGAUGGGCCUAAUGAUGUGACCUUCAGCAUAACCACCCAGUACCAGGGCACAUGCCGCUGUGAGGGCACUAUCUACCUGUGGGACUGGGACGACAAGGUCAUCAUUUCGGAUAUCGAUGGCACCAUUACGAAAUCAGACGUGUUUGGGCAGAUUCUGCCUCAGCUGGGGAAAGACUGGACUCACCAAGGCAUUGCCAAGCUUUACCACUCUGUAGCUGAGAACGGCUAUAAGUUCCUGUAUUGUUCAGCGAGAGCUAUCGGAAUGGCCGACAUGACUCGUGGCUAUCUGCAAUGGGUGAACGAUGGCGGCACUAUUCUGCCCCGCGGACCUCUCAUGCUUUCUCCCAGCAGCCUCUUCUCUGCAUUUCAUAGAGAAGUGAUAGAGAAAAAGCCAGAGAUUUUCAAGAUUGAAUGCCUUACUGAUAUCAAGAACCUGUUCCAGUCUAACAAGCAUCCCUUUUAUGCUGCAUUCGGAAACAGGACCAACGAUGUUUUUGCCUAUAAGGAAGUUGGAGUGCCUGUUUGCAGGAUCUUCACUGUCAACCCUAAAGGAGAGCUAAUUCAGGAGCAGACCAAAGGAAACAAAACCUCGUACGGCAGGCUGAGUGAGCUGGUGGAGCACGUCUUUCCAUUACUGAGUAAAGAACACAGCUCAGCGUUCACCUUCCCCGAGUUCAGCUCGUUUUGUUUCUGGAGGCAACCCAUCCCUGCGAUCAACCCAGACGACUUACUCUCAUAGGCUAGACAUUCUCUCAGUCCCUGCCUCCGUUUGCCCUCGUAUAGACUGAAGUAAUAAUCCUCUAAGGUAAUUAGGUAAAGUCCUCGCAAAUCCAAAUGUCCUCACUACCUGUAGCUGCACUCUAUCCAGCCGAGGCAUUGUCUGUCCAAAACGAUUGUAGAAAAUCCAUCCGCACAUCCAAAACGGAACGAUGCCUCGCUCUCCCCUUUAAUCUGAAGUCCACGUUGAACUGUGGGGGUGGAGACGGUGCAAUUUCCCCCACAUUUUCACACACAUCAGGGAUAUUCGAAGCCUGCCUGAGCUGAGUGCUGGAGCCUCUAACAGAUACCCUUAUUUCUAAAUUAACCAUUUAGUGUGUGUGUGUGUGUGUGUGUGUGUGGUACUUAAUAUAGCUGUAUCAUAGCCUUAGUGCUGGUGUGUCUGAUACUGGCGGACAAUAAACCCUCCAGGAGCAGCAGAGGUGUUUAUUUCUGCUGUGGUGGUCCAGCGUAGGCUGGUGUUUACAGUCCUGUGGCCUAAGCACUUACCAGUUAGUGUGUGGGAACAAUGUGUGAUUAGUAGGAAACAGAAAAUGAGUCACGUGGCAGAGCAUGCAGGAGCACAGAAAUGAUUAACAAAGAUAUUUAUUUACAAGCGCUAAUUUAUUUUGUUCUAGGAUAAUUAACUAUUAUUAAUUAUUAUUACCAACAUGCACUGCCUCUAACAUGUGGUGGAAGAAUAUUCCUGCAUGACUACGUGUCUGUAAUGAGGUUUGAUCAGAGGCUCUCUUGAAUGCUGAUGCUGCUAUCAAAGCAAGUCGUGCCGCUGAACUUUCCGCCCCGCCCUUUUAUCCUUUCGCACCGUCUUCAGUCUGACGGUGCAUUUAAGGCUUUUAGUCGUGCUGGAAAAGCCCUGAGCACAGAGCAAGGCUUCCAUCUGUUUUCCAGGUGUUUUCCACUCGUUAACAAUUUCAUUGUCUGGCUGCUUUCGAAUGCCUUACUGAUCGCACUUUCUGCAGCAGCAGCCAAGAGAGCAGCACGGAUCAGCUUGCAGUUAAUGAAGGGAUCGUCUUAUUGUUGGAAGCUAUUCAGCAGCCUUUUGCAUAGAAGGUUUAAAAGCCUUUUUUUUUUUUCUUUUCUUUGUUAUGAGGCGAAAACAAGAUUUGAGUGUUUUUACACUACACUCAACCCUACUUAAUGUGUGUAAUAAAAAAAAUAGAUCUGAACUGCUAAUGGCUUUUGAUUUCCCAAGACGAUUAGCUUUAGCAUCAGUUGAUGUACCUUUUUUUUUCUUUUUUUUUUUUUUUUUUGAAUAUAGGUAAAUAUUGUUUUUUUUUCUGCUCUAGCACUGUAAUGCACCAAUUUCAGUGUUUUGUUUGAAGAGACUGAUCGCAGCUGUUGUGCAGAAGGAGUGUCCCUUAUUAUUUUCCUGGACAUCUUCCAACUGAUGAUUCUCUGUGGCCAAGGGAAGGAACGUGUCCUUGUCAUGAAUAGUUAAUUAUCAAAAGCUGGUCUGUGACUCCGUGUAAACCAAAUGGUGUAUGCACAUGUCUUUUUUGUUUCUAGUUUCUUCUUUUAAACGUAGACGUAGAGCACUGCGUGUUAGUAGCAUGCACACCGACUCGGAGCACAAUAGCAAGUAUUAUAGUUACAAUAGGAUAUUUGUAUGUGGUAACCGUUGUUUGUUUGUUGAGGGGGAAAAUAAAAGGGAAUUCCAUGGUUGUUUAAUUUGUUUAUGCACAAAUGUAUUAUCACAUUUGUUUUUGUUUUUUUUUGUCUGUAUGAAGUGUAGAAGUGAAACGUCUGUUAAUGAUUAACAAAGCGAUCCCAUUCUUUCUAUGAAAGUAAUACUACUUGUGUGGGAUGGACACACUCAUCUAUUGUUAAAAAAAAAAAGUUGAAAAAAAAAGUUACCUCGAAGCAGAUCGUUUAUCGUUCAUUACUCUUUUGCUUUCAUGCUCAUAAUUUUAUAAGCUUUUAUUUGUCGACGUAAGCUCUUUACGGAACAGAAAACAGCUGUAUCUUUGAUUGUAUUGUUUUCAGUGUACAAAUUAAACAUUAGUGCAUCUGACCACUCUAGAUACCUUUACAUGUAUACUUACUGUAUGGAUUUAUGGAGUUAUCAUUUUGGAAAAUGACAUGAAAAUCUAUUAAAAUGCAAUUGUUACAAACGU